UUUCACUAAUGUGGCUCGCUUCACACUGCUCCAGUGUAAUUCCUACGUAGCCACAUAUAACAGCUUUGUUGUGGAGUGUUAAAAAUCUUUUCUGAUAUUGUUUGGUGGGAAAUAAGAUGUUCCGUAGGAAGCUUACGGCUUUAGAUUAUCACAAUCCUUCGGGUUUUGAUUACACAGAUGAAACGGAGUUCAGAAACUUCAUCGUUUGGCUGGAGGAUCAGAAAAUCAGACAUUAUAAAAUCGAGGAUCGUGGAAACCUCAGGAACAUCUCAAGCGCUGAGUGGCCAAAGUCCUUUGAAAAGUACCUACGAGACGUGAGCUGCCCAUUCAGUGUUCAGGAAACGUGCGAGGCCAUCGACUGGCUGCUGGGCCUCGCAGUUCGGUUUGAAUAUGGCGACAAUGUGGAGAAGUACAGAAACUGCACACCUGCAGCAGAGGUGAACAAUGCGACACAAAAACCAGCAGACCCUCUCAUUAACCUGGACAGCAACAGUCCUGAUUUUAAGGCUGGAGUCAUGGCCCUGGCGAACCUUCUCAAAAUUCAGAGACAUGAUGACUACCUGGUGAUGCUCAAGGCCAUUAGGAUCCUCGUCCAGGAACGCUUGACCGCCGAUGCCAUUGCAAAAGCCAGCAAGUCAAAAGAGGGUUUGCCAGUUGCUUUGGACAAGCACAUCCUUGGCUUUGACACUGGAGAUGCCACUCUGAAUGAAGCGGCUCGUAUCCUUCGGCUCCUGCACAUCGAGGAGCUGCGUGAGCUCCAGACAAGAAUCAACGAGGCCAUAGUGGCUGUGCAGGCCAUCAUCGCCGACCCAAAGACCGAUCACCGUCUCGGCAAAGUGGGCAGAUGAUCACACACACUGUCGACAGUGUGUAAUGGAAUGGGACGAUUGGUGUUUUAAGUGUGACAUGGUUGUGGAUAAAUGAAGUUGAAAACUGAAGAUGUUUGUGUUGCCCUUUAGACAUAAAAGCUUUGGACUUGUGGAUAAGAUUUGAGUUGUGCCAUCACACAGUAAAUUAACAGUUUGUCCUUUUCUUCAAAGCACUGUGUGUUCCCUGUAACACAUUUUGGAAUGGAAGAAGUGGCUUAUGGACAGCAAGUGUUUUUUUUUGUGAGAGAGACUUGCUUUUUCUUUCAAUGGGGGGGAAAAAAAGAGAACUGCAAAGGCAUGUGUGCAUACAUAUAAAUUACACUAAUGCAAA